UGUCGUGGUGACGUAAUUCCGGUUUGCCUGUUGGCUGCUUGAGACUGGAGCGAUUUUGGCUACAGUGAAAGGGUGCGGAUUGUCGGUCUGGAUACAGUGUAGACCAAACAUCAUUGAACAGUACGGUAUUGCCGCCUUACAACGGACACAACAAGCUAAAAAUCCGGUUGAACGGCAGAAUUGUGAAAAUGAAAGAUCCAAGCCAGAGUAAUAACUCUCCAAGCAUCAACAGCGAUGAAGUUGUUCUAAAUGGUCACUCGCAUGAUGAGGACAAUCCUUUUGCAGAAUACAUGUGGAUGGAAAAUGAAGAGGAAUUUAAUAGGCAGAUUGUUGAGGAGUUGUGGGAGGAAGAGUUCAUCGAGCGCUGCUUCCAGGAGAUGUUGCAAGAGGAGGAGGAACAUGAAUGGUUUAUUCCAGCAAGGGAUCUUCCCCAGACCAUUGGACAAAUCCAGGAGCAACUGAAUGGACUUGUCAUCAGCAGUAAUGGAUCAGUGGAGGAGCUUGUGAGCAAGAGUAACUUGAACCCUAACGCGAAGGAGUUUAUUCCUGGGAUUAAGUACUGAAGAUGAUUCCAGAGGCCUGUGUUGGUGGAUGUAGCACAAUCUCCACACUGUGAUGCCAGUAUUAGAGGAACCAGUAGUAGAAGCUCCCUUCUCUAUCACUGUGUUACACUUGUGCAUUGCCAAAGUUUUCACUUAGUGUUGCAUGCUAAAUAAAUGUACUGAGACUGUUAUUAUUUCAAUAACUUGCUUCUAGUCGUUGACUGAAAAAAAAAAACAGGAAGCUUAGAAGUGCCAUGGGAAGGGAAGAGUAGCCAGCAUGGACUGGGGAUACUGUCCCAACACUGCUGAGCUGACAGCCACUUCCUUGAUGUAUGUUGCCAAAUAAUUGCUGGGAAUGGAUAGUUGCCAUUGGCUGUGAGGACCUGAGCUUGUUGGUUCUCUGUUAACUCCCUUGUUCUCAACCCUAUGCCAGGAUUUGUUCUUGCAGCUUGUUUCAAACUCCGACUUGGUAAUCAGUGUGAGCACUCCUGUGUACAGUUAGAUUGAAGGUGGAGGGAAUGGUAUAGUCAGGGAAUUAUGCAUUCUCUUGUCAGAGAUUGGUAGCAGGUGUCCUCCAUACCCCUGGAAAAGUUGGACCCUUGAUUUAACAAAGUUCUACAGUUUGGACUUCUGUUGGUUGUCAUAAACUGCUCUUGGAGGAGUUGCUAGUGCUUAUAUUUCAAGCUAAUACACUACUGGAUAUCCUUUCAGUCUCAUUUACCAGUUUUUUAUAAAUGUGGCUUCUAUAGAUGCAAUUGAAGUUCAGAAUGUUUCCCCUGGUUUGUGUUCAUUGACAAAGUUCUUUCUGGGCACUCGUCACUCAUGUCACUCCAUCAGAGAUAUUGGUAUGGGCAUUCAUUAAAACAAUUAAUCCCAACUGACUCCAUUUGAUCAGGAAAUUUCAUCUGUCCCAAUCAAUCCCAGAGUCUUUGUCACAUGGUGCGGUGAUGUUGUCUCUUGCUCCUUGUCAGACAAUGAGACUGUCUCCCAGUCCAUUGGUAUAAUGUGAAGGCUGCUGGUUCAGCCAGUAGCAUAGAGACCAGUGUGUCAAUUUCAGUUAAGUUCAUGGUGUAGAGAAAGCAGUGGUUCAAUGUUAGCUAAGAUUGCAGUGUGGAGAUGGAUGUGGUGUUGAUGUGGGUUAUGAUCUUGGUUUAGAGGUUGAAGAGUGCCAGCACAAGUGAAGACUGCAGAUUAGUGAUUGCAGGGUAUUGGUGCUGGUUAGGUUCAGUGCAGAAAGGGCAAGCUGUCUGUACUUAUUCAUUUAGCAAUGUAGAGUCAUGGUGUUGAUGAUGCUGUUUAAGAUGGCAGUGUAGUGUAGAUCUGCACAAGAAUUAAAAUUAUACCAGUGGGCAUGAGAACAUGUGUUACUCAGGAGGCUGUCAUUUGUCUUCUAUCCCUUACUGAGCAAGGAAACUUCAACUGUUGGGCACAUAAGACCUCAAUUGUGUGUAUCGGAGUAUUACUGCUAAUGCGAUACAGGAUGAAAGGCCAGUUGCUGAAUGAAACAGAGUUAUGGUGGAUUGUUAUGUUUUCUUUGCCAGUUUUCUCUGGGUGUGUGAAUGGGAAUUGAUUAAAUGUGCACAUUUACGGUGUAAAACAGUGUGAUAACAGGGCUGGGUUUUAGAAGGACAAUGGUACAAUUUCUCUGUUUUUGAAUCUAGUGACACAGGUUUUGUGAAUUGCAGAAGUGAAUUUUGUUUGGCAGUUCUUUCAAAAAUUUUGAGGUGUGUUAAUUACAGACAACAAGAAAUGAAUGUCAGUGGGGGCUGAAGUUUGUGAUCUUGGCCAACUCAAUCACUACCAAAAUUCACGUGUGUUCAAAACUGCCUUCAUCAUUACAACAUAGUGGCACUUCUGGCAUUAAAAGAAAGAUGAUAGGCAUUGCACUGUUUAAUAUCCCGAUGUUUGCAGAAACAUAUGGUACUUGAAUAAGCAGGCUGAAAGUAGGAGCACAGAGGUACGUUUGUAGAAAUUUGUAGAUUGAUUUCUCUUUUUGAGUGUCACUUUUGACAAAAUAGAGGUGUUAACUUUUUAGAUUUUAGUUUGUAAAGUUUUUAAGUAACUGGAAUGUACUGUCUGAAAAACACCCAGCUAGCACAUUUUCACCAACCUUUGUGUAUGUCAGGCAUCCUUUCAACAACAAUAACCUUGCAAAACUCCUGUUGAAGCUGGUCUCCUGCCUCUAGCACAAGUGUAUCACUUUGGGUUGCAGUUUCAAACCUUGAAGCUAUUUUCAAGAGAUUGCUGAUUUAUCAAUUAAUAUUGCAUUCAAUGAACAUCAUGUGGUAAAUCCAGGCAGCUGAUGGCCACAAGUUUAGUGGGAUCAAAAUCCUUUUGGAGAACACCAGUGUAGGGAGAACAGGAUGUUGAUGUUGGUUAAAAUUGCAGUGCAGAGAGAGCAUGGCUUGGUAUUGCUUAAAUUGUGGCACAGGGAGAGCAGAGUAUCAGUGCUGAUUAAAAUUGGCGUAAAGAGAAUGCAAGAUGUUGAUGCUGGUUAAGAUUGUAGGAUAGAGAGUAGGGUAUCGGUGCUGCUGAUUAAAAUUGCGAUGCAGAGAGAGCAGGGUGUCAGUGUUGAUUGAAAUUGUGAUGUAGAGAGAGUGAACUGGAUGUGGCCCUGAUACUGCUGUUCAGUACAAAAGUAAAUUUGUUCAAAGUAAAUUUAGCUCCAGCGGCCAUAUCUCUGUGCUCCCAUUAGAGAGAGAGAGAGAGAGAGAGAUGACUGGUGAUGAUUUAACUUGAGGCCAAUUAUGAAGUUGAGACAUUAUGUUAAAGUCCACAAAUGUGGAAAUUGAACCCACGCUGUUGGCGUCACUCUGCAUUGUAAACCAGCCACCCAGGCAACUAAACUAACUGAACUGACCUCAAUUGGCUGGUUUGCAAUACAGUGUUACGCUAACAGCUUUAGUUCAAUUUCUGCAUUACCGUAGGUUACUGCCUUCUCAAUUCUGUCCCUCAUCUGAGGUGUGGUGAUCUUCAGGUUAAACCACCAUCAGUCAUCUCUCCUUUUAAAAUAAGACAGCAGCCCUAUGUUCCUCUGGGACUGUGGCAACUUUACUUUUACAUUUAUUGAAUAAUUGACUUGACAUCUUUUCCCCCAAAAGUGACUCCAUUUGAGAAUAACGUGGCAAUAUGAACUAACCAGGGAUAUCCACAGGUUAUGAAUUGUGCUGUAUAAAUGCACUUAUUUAGGAGAAGGGUUUAGAAGAUUCUCUUGACUCGUUUGACUUUUAGGAAGCAAGCAGUGAGGAUGUUGGGUGGACUGAGAGUUGGUUCCAGGACUUAGUGUUACAGUCUAGCUCAGUGAGGGAACAGAAAGUAUAGAUGCUUGUUGAGUUGUAAGAAUCUGCAGCACACAAUAGCUUUCACCACUGUUGUAAUGGUAGACCGUCUAAAUAACUAAGGUCAGCUUGGAUCAGGAAUAUUGUGCUUGGGUAAACAGUUCUGCUGUAAAUAAUGUUUCCCCUCUCUCAUGGUUCGGUAAGAAUGAACAUCUGGGAGAAAUGAGUGAUUAAAUUGUGGAAGUGGACAGACAGUAAGGUAAACAACAUCAAUCCACUGGAAGAGAGGGAGUUUUGGGCAUCUUCAGUUUAUGAACUUGGUAGUUUCACUGCCAAUUGUGUUGAAUGUGAAGUGUUUAAAUUGAAAAAAAAUGUAAAAAAGUAUAUUUUUCCAAAAAUAUUUAAAAAAAAAUAAAUAAACCUGAAAUGAAA